ACACCUCGCCGGCUUGUGAGUUAGUCAGCUGCUGAGCGUCGCCGGGGGGAGAGGCUAUUUUGUUACCUCUUUCACUUCCAUCAUUUCGCUGCCUGACUCACCCACACGACCUAUAUAACUCAUCCAACAUGAAGAUCUGGACAUCAGAACACAUAUUCAGCCACCCCUGGGAAACGGUGACUCAGGCUGUGUGGCGCAAGUACCCCAACCCCCACAACCCGGCGGUGGUGGGGACAGACGUGAUAGAGCGCCGUGUGGUGAAUGGUGUGCUGCACACUCACCGCCUCAUCAGCUCCAGAUGGGGCCUGCCAAACUGGGCAGAAACGAUCCUUGGAGCUGACCGAGUUUGCUAUGGGUAUGAACACUCUGAGGUGAACCCAGAGGAGAGAACAAUGACCAUGCGCACUAGAAAUCUGACCUUUGCAAACACGGUAAGCAUGGAUGAGCGGUUGGUUUACUCUCCAGACCCCAACAACAGCGAAAACACAGUAUUGCGGCAGGAAACCAUCAUCACCGUCAAGGGUGUCCCUCUCACUUCCUACAUGGAGAACUACCUCCUCAAUAGCAUCUCCAACAAUUCCUUCAAGGGUCGUGAUGCAAUGGAGUUUGUCAUCUCCAAGAUCAAUCGUGAGGUAGAGGAUCUGGUGUCCACUUACAAGCGCAGCACUUCUGAGAUCUUGGACCACACCAAGCGCUCCCUGGGAGAGAUCACUGAAUCAGCCCUCCGCUCUGUUGAUGACAUUUCCCUGGCUGCCAAGAAAUCUGUUGAUGGCCUCUCUGAUGCUGCCAAGAAGUCCAUUGAUGAUAUCUCUUGUGUAGCCAAGAAGGGCAUAGAUACUUUCACUCAACCAACUCCUGCAGGAUCCAUGCCCAGGAUAUGAUAGCAGACAAUAUGUAGGAUCUACUAUGACAGCUGUAGUGUUACUAGCUCAGACACCAAUGUACAAAACAGGAGGAACAGUAGAAGAGAAAGUCUUGACAAGAAGAUAGAGGAGAGAAGACAAAGAAAUUCCUAUGACACAUGAGAGGUCUGUUAAAUACCUCUCUGCUUUUUUAUUAUUGUUGUGUUGAAAUUGACACAAACUGUGGCUGAAAGCCUCCCUUUCCCUACAGUGUGUGCUGUUAUUCUUAUCCUAUUACUGCAUUCCUGGAGUGUAUUUUCAGCUGCAGUUUGUUAAGUAAGGAACCAGAAAUUAACUGCGCAAAGAAAACAUGUAUGUUGAAACUUCUCUAUGAAGGAAAAAGGAGUGUACAGUUUGACAGACACAGAAAAGUAGCAUUUCCAUUACAUUUCAUUCACUCACUUUUGAGGUUCACUGCAUCAGAUAUGAGUCUCUGCAGUGAAUGUUGAAUAAUACAAAUGUUCUUCAUGUUGAAGAUACGUGGAUCUGCUCAUAGAUUAUGCUGUAUUCUCAGUUCUUCAUCUUGGACCAGUGUGGGAAGGUACUAUGCUGCUAUGUCUAGCAGAUGUAUGAAUGUGGGAGGGGAGGGUUGGGAAUCCUGUAUGGCUCAUGUAUUAAUGGUGUGGGAAGCUUAGCACCAUGAGGAGGAUAACAGAGGAUUAUUGUACAGCCAGCCAGCUUGCUGCUUGCUGUGGGUUUUUUGCAUUAUGGUGUUUUCAUCCACCAUUGACUGCUGUCAGAGAAUAUGAAGAUCUAAUGGAUAAAGUUUGCAAUUGCAGAUAGAAUAGAUAAUCAGGUAUGCAUCAGUGAUCAGAUGUGCCAGAGAACAUUGCUCAUAGGUAUUGAUAUGCACUUGUAUUAAAAAAUGUGGAUUAGCUUUUCAUCAGGACAUAAUUAUCAGUUCAAUAUAAGCUGAUAUAGAGGGAUAUUACAUUGGUAGUGAUGCUUGAGACCUUUGUUAUCCACUGUACUCCUACAUGAUAGGUAGCUGUGGAUCUUAAAUGCAGCACUUUGCUGUAUGAAAAAUUGGUGUCUGAAGGAGUGUGAAGCCAUGUCAUUGAAAUGACCAUACUGGUGGAGUAUUCAGUUCACCACUUGUUAUUCCUUUUCUUUUCUUUUUGUAAUUAUUGUUUGUUUAAAUUUCCUACCUCAUUGGA